GUCGCCGCACUCAUCGAUUCAACGCCGGCUUGCUGCCGCUCCAUUUCAUCAUCUCCGUCCUCGUCGUGGCAAAAAUAUUCCGUUUGACACGACAAUACUUACCUCGACGAAGUCUUCGAGUGAACACAAGUAGUUAUACGUACCCUACAGCGAGAGCGAGACAACGAGAAAAUGGAGUUUGAAUUAAUAAGACCAGACCUGCAGAGCAAGUGCACAUGGACGCCUAAUGGCACGAACAGCCCCCAUACGGAUCGGAGCAAGCCGAGCGAUAGAACAAAAAUCUUACCAGACAUUCUCCAUGCUAUCGGCCAAACGCCGAUGGUUAGACUCAACAAAAUACCUAAAAAUCAUGGCAUCAAGUGCGAGAUAUUUGCAAAAUGCGAGUUCAUGAAUCCAGGCGGCUCGGUGAAAGAUCGCAUUGCAUUUCGGAUGAUUCAAGAGGCCGAAGACAAGGGCAUAUUGAAGCCAGGAUGCACGAUAAUCGAGCCGACGAGUGGCAACACGGGGAUCGGUCUGGCAAUGGCGGCAGCAGUCAAGGGUUACAAAUGUAUCAUAGUCAUGCCUCAGAAGAUGUCCAACGAGAAGGUCUACACUUUGCAAGCCCUGGGCGCCGAAAUCGUGCGCACGCCCACGGAGGCUGCUUGGAGCAGUCCCGAGGGACACAUUGCCACUUCGCAGAGAUUGCAAAGGGAAAUUCCUAACAGCGUCAUUCUGGAUCAGUAUACCAAUGCAGGAAACCCACUGGCCCACUACGAUCAGACUGGAACCGAAAUUUAUCAGCAGUGCGAUGGAAAAAUAGACUGCUUCGUGGGUGGCGCUGGUACUGGCGGGACCAUCAGUGGAAUAGGUCGCAAGCUCCGCGAAUUAUCGCCUGCUACUAAAAUCAUGGCUGUGGAUCCCGAGGGCAGUGUACUCGCCGAACCCCCGGAGAUUAACGAUUCCGCGGUGCAGUUUUACGACGUCGAGGGCAUUGGAUACGACUUUAUUCCCACUGUUCUCGAUCGCAAUGUUGUCGACGCUUGGAUAAAAACGAAAGACAAAGAGUCAUUCCUCUUGGCAAGAGAGCUGAUCAAAGAGGAAGGUUUGUUAUGCGGCGGUAGCAGUGGAGCUGCUCUCUCAGCGGCAUUGAAGGUGGCCAAAGAUCUGCCGGCUGAUAAGCGCGUUGUUGUCCUCUUGCCUGACGGUAUUCGUAAUUACAUGACCAAGUUUGUUUCCGACUUGUGGAUGGAAUCGAGAAAUCACCUGGAACCUCCGAAACCAGUGGAAAGUAAUAAAUGGUGGUGGGAUCUACCUGUAUCCGAAAUAGCUUUCAAGAAACCUAUUAUUCUACCAAAUCAUUCAACUUGUGAACAGGCUGUGUCGAUUCUUCAAAAAGGAAGCUUCCAUCAAAUACCGAUGGCUGAUGAUAAAGGAGAUAUUAGAGGAUUUGUUACUCUUGACAAUCUUAUGAGUAGCCUUAUUUCUGGUAAAGUCAAGCAUAUGGACCUGGCAGAUAAGGCACUUAUAAAGGAAUAUAGAAAAGUUUCCAGAGCAACAACUCUUGGCAGAUUGUCUAGAAUGCUUCAAAAAGAUUUGUAUGCGGUUGUUCUUGACGAAAGUAACGAUGGUGCUUUAAUUGGAAUUAUUACUCAAAUUGACCUAUUGAAUUUCAUUUUCCACCAGAAAAAUUAAAGCUGUUUGUGAUUGUGAUAAUAUUUUACAUUGUAAAUCAAAUUUUCUCAUCAAUUGUUAUGUACUUAACAUUUUUUUAUUUUUAGAAACUUAUUUUACAAACUGAUAUUUUAUACAACUUUGUGAGAUUGAACAUUCUUGUAGUACUUUU